AUGAGUGUGAGCGAGAACCACGAUGAAGGGGAUUCCCGAGGACGACCUGCGAGUCGGUGGUGGGAGUCAGAUUCUAUUGGAGAGGGAUCAAGCAGGCUGGAGAGGACGAAGCGAGAGUCCAAGUACAUGGGAGUUCCGAAAGAGGCUCGUGAGGCACUGCAAUGGAUUGACGAUGCAGAAGAUGUCCCAGGCAGUAGUAAACGAAACUCCUCGAACGAGUAUCCUCCGGAAAAGCAGGGCUGGCAUGAUCAGCAGGAACAGGUCGUUACGCCGCAGCCGUUGCGCAACUCCUUGCACAUGGCGCUUUCGAAUCCGAACACCCCGAAUCCGGCUCAUCUUGACGUGUCGAGGCUGGUUACGCUUCCUCCACCGUAUCCUCGCCAUCACCCUGCUGUGAACAACAAUCAUCCCGAACUCACGGCGAUCCGCACUUCUGUGCGUACUAUCAGCGAUCUGUCCGAGGUCGAUGCCACAAAGUCGCGGUUUGCCCGUGAGAGCAAGGCAAUGCGUGAUGAGGCAGCCGAUGCAGCAACCAAGCGGCGACAAGCACUCCGUGCCAAUCUCUCGCAGGAAAUUAGCGUAGGAAACAUGACAUACGCCGAAGCCGGGGCUAUCGAAGCCGACUCGAACGAAGCCGAGAACGCAAGCCUCAAGGAUCUUGAGAAGAAGGAUUUCGAACGUUUCCAAUCGGCCGUAGUCAUGCCGCUGAACGAGCUGCUGACAGCUCGCAUUACAAAGGCUACGGCCCUAUUUGAUGAGCUGCGUGGAAGGCUGUUCGUGGAAACGCGCGAGCCGAACCCGAACAUGCCACAAGAGGAGGGAGAUGAGCAGCCCGAGCUUCUCGAGAAGCUCACUCUUUUGAAAUGGAUCUUCGAGGCGCGCGAGAUGCUCCACCGGGCCAUAUACGACCUCCUCUCAGAUCGGAACGAUCGAUAUCGCGACGUAAUCGUCAUCCCUUACCGUCUGGCGGGCAAUGACGAGAAAGUCGCAGAGGCAACAGCAUUUUUCACCGAUGAUGCAAAGACACGAGCAUUGGCCUUCUCCCAGGACGUUUUCCGGCGCACCCAGGAGUUCCGCGAUGUUGUCGAGGAGAACGCCAUGCGUGGAGUGGAGGUGCAGCUUUCUGCGUUCUGGGACAUCGCCCCGCCCCUGAAGCGGCUACUUGACAAGAUCCCUCUCGACCUGGAGGGUUUCCGCAUCCAGAUUCCACACGCAGAACUUCUCGAAAACCCGAGCUACCACGAGCACCCUCUUCAGUACCUGUUCAGCUUGCUUCUCCAUACUGAGAAGAGCACAUAUCAGUUUAUCGAGUCUCAGACCAAUCUCUUGUGCCUGCUUCACGAGGUCAAAGAGGCGGUGGUUAGCUGCAAGGCGCGAGUAAUGGAGUGCGACGGCCGUGACGCCCGACAGGUCGAGCAGAUGAAGGCCGAGGAGGGCCGGCGACUGACAGAUGACCUCAAGGAAAAGGUGCGCGUGGUGCAAGACCAGUGGCAUAGCGCGCUGGGCGAGACAAUUGGCGGCGUCAAAGAAAGAGCCGGGGAGUGGCUGCUCGAGACUGGUGGGUGGGAUGAGAGUCUCGAGGAUCGCGGCGUGGGAUCUCUUUGA